UCGAAAGUGUUGCAAGUUAUCAAAAAAAAAAAACAGAAACAACUAUGCUUUUCGUAAUGGAAAAUGUUAAAUCGGGAAUAUCAGCUUUUCGCUUUCACGACAUUACCUGGCGCUAUGUCGGACAAACGCCACCCUCGACACGUUACCGCUACAUUUACUAUCUGUAUUCACUGAUUUUGAAUAUAAUCGUGACCUUUGGUUACCCAACACAUUUGAUGAUUGGACUCAUCCAAAGUGAAAGCAAAGCCGACAUAUUCAAAAAUAUCACCAUUAAUCUAACCUGUUUGGGAUGCAGCAUCAAAACACUCGCAUUUUGGUGGCGUCUAGCCGAUGUACGAAAGAUCUAUGCUUUAAUUCAGAGGCUCGAUCAACAAAUCAUCCAUUCAGAUGAUGUGCAAUUCUAUAAUUCAAAUGCAUUUCGGCGUACAAAGCAAGUGCUGUAUUUCGAUGUUUGCGUGGGUCUUGGCGCUUCGAUCGCCUCUGAGGUUGCUACGCUGAUCGCUGGCGUUUUAGGGAACUGGCGGCUCAUGUAUCCGGCAUAUUUUCCAUUCGACUACGAACGCAGCGUGCUAGGCUACAUAGCUGCACAUUUCUAUCAGUGUUUUGGCGUAACUGUACAGAUUUUUCAAAAUAUAAUCAAUGACUCAUAUCCACCAAUGGCGCUCGCUAUGUUGGCGGUGCAGGUGCGUUUGCUAAAUAUGCGCUUGGUACGAAUUGGUCAGCGUAGGAAAAGAGCCUCAGUAAGGGAAACAAAUGAUGCGGAGCUCUUGCAAUGUGUUGAAGAUUACAAGGCUUUACUGGACUUUCGUGCGGCAAUUCAACGCAUCGCUUCUAUCGGCACUUUCGUGCAAAUCUUGGUAACCGCCAUCAAUAUGGGCGUAGUCAUAGUUUAUUUGAUCUUCUAUGUAAAUGAUAUAUUUUCAUAUGUCUACUAUUUAUUGUUUUUGGUAGCAAUGCCAUUGGAAAUAUUUCCACAUUGUUACUAUGGUACGGUCGUUGAAAUGGAAUUCAGACAGCUGACCUAUGCCAUCUUCUCAUGCAACUGGUUGGAUCAAAGUGCUGCUUUCAAGAAGAAUCUACUUAUUUUCGGCGAGCAAUCGCUGCGUAAACAAAUUGUUAUUGCAGGUGGUAUGUUUGCAGUUAAUUUGGAUACAUUUUUUGCUACGCUUAAAGGGGCAUAUUCGCUUUUUGCAUUGGUGUUCCAAAUGAAGUAAAGGCUAUGGAAGUUUAAGUGCAAAGUCAACAUGAAUAGCAAGAAAGCUAAAUACUAUGAAUUUUCUAAGAAUUACUUA